AAGAUGAAGUUUCCCUCGCCAUCUUCGCAGCAUCGGUUGUACUGGCUCAAUUCGGCACCAACAUCCCUCCAUGCUUGUCAGUGUGCAUGGCACCUUAUCCUGACGCACACUCAGUAGCGAUAUGCAUGUCAAACUGGACUUCCACAAUCUCCUUGUGCAUCGACGGCUCAUGCAGCGUCUCUGUCUCUUCUACCAACAUCAACACUCGCACGAGCAUGUUCUUCACUCCAAGUUAUGACGAUGACUGCCAGCAAAGUCUUAGCAAUGGAGCAACUCGACCUCAGUCCACACUACAACUGCGACCCGGCAUCUGCCAGACCAACUCAUAUCGCUUUCAAUCGUUCCUGAUCUCCACUGGCCAGAAUGGUAUCCAACAGGACUGCUCGCUAGGACUGUUCGAGGAGGGUCAGUGUGCCGGUGGAACAAGAGAAGUUCCACUCGACACUAGCGUUGGUUCGACUGGACAAUGCUGGGACGUUGGCGGUCAGAGUGUGAUGCUCUCGUGUGGUGAAGGAGGAAGUGCGUCCGACAAUCAAGGCGACAUCAGCGGUCCUACAGUCACUUCGACUCGACUACGAUCCUCAACAUCACUUGUCGCAGCAGACACGACCACCCUCGCCACGUCUAUUCCCUCAACACUUGCUCUGUCGAAUCUCACAGCUGGCACACUUGGUGAUCCUCCGACAUCUGCAAACACAACAUCAUUCGCUACCACUAGUAUCGCUGUUAUCAUCCCAAGCGUUGUUUCUGUCAGUGGCGACGGGAUUGAGAAGCAAGCAGCCAAGAGAGGUGGUGCUGCCCAGUGGGCUUUGGUCGUCGUCGUGUUUGCUAGAAGCCUUAUGUAU